CAUCUCCCGUGACCACCACCACCGAGGAUUCAUCGAGUCCGUUUUCUGAAAGCGGACACCACAAUCUACCCCGCCAAUCAGAGGGUGGGUAUGGUGGGGGUGAAUGUGCGGGGCAGAGUGGAAAGAAGAGGAGAAAAGCCUAUUCAUAACAGCGACAUCGCCCCCCAGCUUAACUCUAAACUGUAACUUCGAGCGGAUAUAUCAUACAUCAUCAUAAUGGCAGAGCAAACUUCCACCGAGCGCCUCCCCGAGUUCAAGCUCGACGGACGGGUCAUCGUUGUUUCCGGAGGAGCUCGGGGACUGGGACUGACACAGGCGGAGGCACUGCUCGAAGCCGGGGCAAUCGUCCACGCAAUUGACCUGCUCACCACGCCCAGCGACGACUUCUCGCGUGUCGCCGCGCGGGCAACGGAACUCGGGACGUCGAUUACCUACCACCGGGUGGACGUCCGCGACAACGCGGUGCUGAACGCCACAAUCUCCUCGCUGGGCCCGAUCCAUGGGCUGAUCGCGGCCGCCGGGAUCCAGCAGGAGACGUCGGCGCUGGAUUAUACCCCGCAGGAUGUGAACCGCAUGCUGGAGGUCAAUGUCACCGGCGUGUUCAUGACCGCCCAGGCGGUGGCCAAGGCCAUGAUCCAGCAUAGGACUGCGAAGGGCGGCAGUAUCUGCCUGAUUGCGAGCAUGAGCGCAACGAUUGCGAAUAAGGGAUUGAUAUGUCCCGCCUACAACGCCUCCAAGGCGGGCGUAAAGCAAUUGGCCAAGAAUCUGGCGAGUGAGUGGGGCCAGUAUGGCAUUCGCGUUAACUCUCUGAGUCCUGGGUACAUCGUCACGGCAAUGGUCGAGGAUCUGUUCAUCAAGUUUCCAGAACGCCAGACGGAUUGGGCUACGCAGAAUAUGCUCGGCAGGUUGAGUUCGCCGAAGGAGUUUAGGGGUGCGGCCGUGUUUUUGAUGUCUGCAGCGAGCUCGUUUAUGACCGGGUCGGAUUUAAUUAUUGAUGGUGGUCACUCUGCGUGGUAGAGUCGAGGUGGAUUCUUAUAUGAUAGGAUCUACUCGUGCUAUUCUGUUGACGAGAAAGUAAAGAUUUAUUUCCCAUCAUUUCGACGAUGCCGUCCCGUGCAGCACUCUCCCGGCGGUAGUGUGACUUCAGAGAUAUAUAUCAGCUACCAGGCCAUGUAGCUCCUCCCCUUCUUGGAGGAGCUGUGUGUAGUUCGUUAUUUUGGAUUUCUCCUUGAAGCUAUCUCAUGAUAGAAUAUGUAUCUUUACACACCAGAGUGCUGCUCGGAUAUUUGUUUGUUGAUGAUCGAUGCGUUCAACCUAUGCAGAGUACCUAUGGUAAAGAGUACUGUGAUAUUUUCGUUUGCACAUUGAUUGCAUGCGACAUAUCUAGAUCAUGGCAAUAUACAGACACA